AUGUCUUCGUCAGGAGUUCGUAGUCUCUUUAACGAUGUGGAUCACUAUAGCGACUGUAGACGCUCAUUUCUACCACGUACGAAGUGGUACACGGAACGGAUGCCCCGUUGGUGUCGUGAUGUUUUCCCCACUGUCGUAAAAGAUAUCACCUUGGGAACCGGGAAAGCAAAAAAUGAAAGCCACCGCGCUCUUCGCGUUCUUGGUAUCGGGAGCGGUUCUGGAGAAGUUGAUCAAAUGAUGUUACAUCGACUUCAGAGUAUGUUUUCCGCAAUUGAAUGUACCGUGGUGGAGCCAUCCUCUCGGGCAAUACGAUCAUAUCGAGAUUCCAUUGAAGAAGGUGCGACUCGGUUGAAACCUACCUCAUUUGAUUGGCACGAAAAAACAUUCGCCGAAUUUGUCAAUAACCUAAAGUGCUGUCCUGAUCAACAAUAUUCCAGAUUUCAUUUCAUCCAAGUCGUCGAAACUAUAUACUAUUUGUCAUAUAAUGGCGCAAUUCACGAGAUGUACAAUCUUCUCGCACCUGGCGGGAUAUUAUUGAUCAUAGUGACCGCCGAAGACUGCGGCUAUCACAAUCUCUGGAAGCAACAUAAAGACAUUCUUCAAGAUGAUCGGAUGAACUUCGUCACUUCGGCCGAUGUCAAAGAAGAGCUCAGCGAAGAGCAUCCAUUUACGAGCAUCCGCGAUGAGUCGCGAGUAGACAUUUCAGAAGUUUUCGUCGAUGAUUCGGAAGUCGGCGAUCACAUCUUGGACUUUUUAACUCAUAUAUGUCAUUUUCGGCGAUCGGUAGACGAGCAAAUUCGUGAAGAUUUGAUUAAUUUAUUGAAAAGCGAGAAAUGCAGUGACAAAGUUGAUGGUAGGGUUAUGUUCAAUAACAGCUUUGAUGCAAUUAUUGUCUAUAAGCAUGAAUGA